AUGCCUCCAAGAGCCAGUUCAGUAAAGAGGAGUACAAUAGCUGCAGCUAGGAGGUUAAGAAAUGAGAGUUCACGGCUGAAUACAUCGUUCACCAUCACUUCGCCCUUGCCGGAAAAGCGAAUUCCUCGACGACCGCAGCAUUACGAAUGUGAUACCUACUCGACACUUUCUCGUAAACGCUGUGCGCUACGACGACGUCCAGCACUUAAAGAUAGUAUGCCUCUUAGUGAAGAGAAUAAGGUACUACCAGUACCAGCUCCUACAACGUCUCGAGCUGCACCAGCCCCUGCUACACGAUCUAGGACUACACGAGCCAAGACUGUGGAAAAGAAGACGGAAACCGAGAAGAAAGUCUCCAAACCUCGAGCCAGAUCGAAAAAGAGUGAACCUGUACAUGGUGCAGUUUGCUGGAACAAUGUCUGCGACUGUGUGCUGCUCGAGAUCUUACGCUCACAACCUUUAGUUACACUUUUGGAGAAGAAAGGUGUAAGUAUCUCACCAUAA